GGCCGUGUAAUUUUAAACCAGUUUCCAAAACAAUAAUGGCUUCCUUAAAAAUUUGUAACCGUACAGUACAAGGAAAAACUGACAAAAUAACGCUUAAUUUUGUUAAUCUGAAAGGCAACUCCUUGUUUUUAAAAGAGGAAGUUUCUAAAGUCAUCAAUUUACCUCCCUCUGACAUCGAAUUAAUUUACUGUGGUAAAAAAUUACAAGACAAUCAACCAUUAGAGGGUGCUGGUUUAAAAGCUGGUGCUACAGUUUUUGCAUUAAAGAAAUUUGUUGCAGAGAAAGAUGACUCACAGGAUAUGAUGGCAGAUGUAGAUGUUAGACAGCUAACACAAACAGUUAGAGCAGCAUUGGUGACACAAGAUUAUUCGGCUAUAGUAGAAAGAAUGGUGAACAAUCCAGAGACACUAGAAAAUGUUAUUGCAGCUUCUCCAGGCUUAGAGAAGGACCCAGUGGCUAUUGCUAUGCUUCAAGACAGGGCUUUGUUAGCUAUUCUAGCACAUCCAGGAAAUAUCAGACAAAUAUUAGAGAAACAUCCAGCUUUUGGACAAGCAGCAAUGAUGGUAGCAGCAGCAGUCUGUGAAGAAGGCUCUAAGAUGGAGGCUGGUGCAGAAAGAUUAGCUCCUGGUGCUUACUCAUUUGAACAAAUGUCAGAUGAUGAAGAUAUGGAACCACAAAAUAGACCAGGAACUUCUGCUCCAAGAUCAGCAAUAACACCAGCACAGUUAGCAGCUGCCUUAGCCUCAGCAGGAGGCCCAUCUCAACCAGACACCAGUCCACAACCACAGGGAGGACCACCUAUCAUCUCUAGUGAUUUUUUCUCACAAGCCAUUGAUCAAGCACAAAGAACAACUGCACCAUCUGAUGAUCAGAUACAACAGUUACGUGAUAUGGGUAUAACUGAUGAAGCUUUAGCUAGGAGAGCACUGCAAGCAACUGGUGGAGAUCUUCAAGCAGCUCUUGAUCUUAUCUUUGGAGAUGGACAUUUUUAAAAACUGAUAUGGAUAUUCAAUCAUACUGUUAUUUCAUAAUACUGUGCUGUUCUGUUUUCACAAAGGCACAAGAAUUAAGUACAAACAUUGCUAACAAUUUUCAAAUUUUCUUUUGAAAAUCAUCAUUUUCCCAUUUAAAUUCUCAAAUACAGAUUUAAUUUCCGGUUUUGAGACAGUGAGCUUCAGCAACAUGACUUCAUUUAGUUCAUCGAUUAAUAUUAUAAAAGUUUUCAAUUAUUCUUAAUCUUGCCAAAUCAGUACCAGAAACCUGUUUUAUACAUUUCCUAUCAAUGCAUAUAUGCUUUUUAUGGAAAUUUUCGUAGAAAACAUGUCAUAUUUUGACAAUUAUUUGCAGUGGUAUGUAAUAUGAUUGUUAAUUUAUUUAUUUGUGUAUUUAUUUAUGUAUGUGAAGUGUUCUGAAAAUAUUGUUACAUGUACUUAAAUAAAAUUCUACAUUUAA